AUGUCUCAGCGUGUCAGCCAUGAUGGAUGGUGGUUCUUCUACUCCACACACCAAGAUGGACUUGAUGACCAUACUGGCCCUGAUGACCAUAUUGGUCCUGGUGACCAUAGUGGCCCUCCUGACCAUAGUGGCCCUGCUAACUAUAGUGGCCCUCCUGACCAUCGUGACCGUGCUGACUAUAGUGGCCCUAGUGUACCAGAGUGGCCCUGGUGGUCCUUCAGUGGUUCUCUAGGUGGUCCUCUAGGUGGUCCUCCAGGUGGUCCUCUAGGUGGUCCUCUAGGUGGUCCUCCAGGUGGUCCUCUAGGUGGUCCUCCCGGUGGUUCUCUAGGUGGUCGUUCAGUGGUUCUCCUGCGUGGUCCUCCAGGUGGUCCUCCAGGUCAGGCCUCCCAGGUGGUCCUCAGGUAUAAUGGUGGAGAUAUUAAUGGUGGAGAUAUUAAUGGUGGAGAUAUUAAUGGUGGAGAUAGUAAUGGUGGAGAUAGUAAUGGUGGAGAUAGUAAUGGUGGAUAUAGUAAUGGUGGAGAUAUUAAUGGUGGAGAUAUUAAUGGUGGAUAUAUUAAUGGUGGAGAUAUUAAUGGUGGAGAUAUUAAUGGUGGAGAUAUUAAUGGUGGAUAUAUUAAUGGUGGAGAUAGUAAUGGUGGAGAUAGUAAUGGUGGAGAUAUUAAUGGUGGAGAUAUUAAUGGUGGAGAUAGUAAUGGUGGAGAUAGUAAUGGUGGAGAUAGUAAUGGUGGAGAUAGUAAUGGUGGAGAUAGUAAUGGUAUUAAUGGUGGAGAUAUUAAUGGUGGAGAUAUUAAUGGUGGAGAUAGUAAUGGUGGAGAUAGUAAUGGUGGAGAUAGUAAUGGUAUAGUAAUGGUGGAGAUAUUAAUGGGUGGAGAUAUUAAUGGUGGAGAUAGUAAUAUAUGUAAUGGUGGAGAUAGUAAUGGUGGAGAUAUUAAUGGUGGAGAUAUUAAUGGUGGAUAUAUUAAUGGUGGAGAUAUUAAUGGUGGAGAUAGUAAUGGUGGAUAUAUUAAUGGCGGAGAUAGUAAUGGUGGAGAUAUUAAUGGUGGAGAUAGUAAUGGUGGAGAUAUUAAUGGUGGAUAUAUUAAUGGCGGAGAUAGUAAUGGUGGAGAUAUUAAUGGUGGAGAUAUUAUUGGUGGAGAUAUUAAUGGUGAAGAUAGUAAUGGUGGAGAUAUUAAUGGUGGAUAUAUUAAUGGUGGAGAUAGUAAUGGUGGAGAUAUAAUUGGUGGAGAUAGUAAUGGUGGAGAUAUUAUUGGUGGACAUAGUAAUGGUGGAGAUAUUAUUGGUGGAGAUAGUAAUGGUGGAGAUAGUAAUGGUGGAGAUAAUAAUGGUGGAGAUAGUAAUGGUGGAGAUAUUAGUGGUGGAGAUAGUAAUGGUGGAGACUGA